AUGCCCGUUCCAGACAGAGCCGGCUUGAAAAUUGUUCACAUCGAUGUAAAAGACAUACGGUUCCCGACGUCGCUUGGAGGACACGGAUCUGAUGCUUUGCACACCGAUCCUAAUUACUCGUGUGCUUACGUUACGAUCACAUUGGAAAACGGCAAGCAAGGAUAUGGAUUGACAUUCACAUGUGGCCGUGGUACUGAAGUGGUGGUGUUUACUAUCAGGGCUUUGAAGAAAUUCGUACUAGGCAAAAACGCCGCAGACAUAUUUGCUGACUUCGCUGGCUUUUGGCGCGCUAUUACAAAUGACUCUCAGAUGCGAUGGAUCGGACCUGAGAAAGGAGCUGUACACUUAGCUGUCGCAGCUAUACUGAAUUCCCUUUGGGAUCUUUGGGCUAGACUAGAGAACAAGCCAUUGUGGAGACUCCUAGUGGAUAUGGAGCCCGAGGAGUUGGUGUCUACUAUUGAUUUUCGUUACAUAACUGAUGUUAUCACUAAGGAAGAAGCUAUAAAGCUACUGAAAUCCAAGCAGGCGAGUAAAAAAGAGAGAGUGAAAUAUUUGUUGGAAAAUGGAUACCCGGCCUAUACCACUCAAGUUGGCUGGCUGGGCUACAGCGAUGAAUUAGUAAAGCAACUGUGCAAUAAAUAUCUCAACUUAGGCUUCACACAUUUCAAAGUCAAAGUCGGACUCAACUUCGAAGACGACUACCGACGAUGCAGCGCGGUACGGAAACAUAUCGGCGAGGACAAAUUUUUGAUGGUUGAUGCAAAUCAAGCUUGGGGCGUUAAUGAAGCAAUUGAAUGGAUGAAGAAACUGGCACCUCUCAAACCCAUGUGGAUCGAGGAACCAACGUCGCCUGAUGAUGUAUUAGGGCACGCUGCCAUUUCUCAAGCUUUGAAACCUUAUGGCAUUGGUGUGGCUACGGGUGAAAUGUGCGCCAACCGCGUAAUGUUCAAACAGUUUCUUCAAAGCGGAGGCAUGCAGUUUUGCCAGAUUGAUUCCGCACGAAUUGGCGGCGUUAAUGAAAUAUUGGCUGUCUACUUGAUGGCUGAGAAACUCAAUGUAAAGGUAUGUCCCCACGCUGGAGGAGUAGGCCUGUGUGAAAUGGUACAACAUUUACAAUAUUGGGACUUCGCGAGUCUCUCCGGCACUAUGGAAGGUCGUCUUAUCGAGUAUGUGGACCAACAACAUGAACAUUUCUACGACCCCUGCAUAGUGGAGAAUGCGAGAUAUAUUGCACCCAAAUUACCCGGAUACAGCACGCAAUUUCUGCCGGAAACAUUACAAAAGUAUGCUUACCCCAAUGGCAGCGAGUGGCAGCGAAUGUUCGAGGAGGGAUUAUUUUCGCCGCCCGAUGAAGCUGAACUAGCAAAUGCUUAA